GUCAUGCGCUAUUCUAUGCCGAUUUUCCGCCCUUAGUACCCUAAAUUACAUCUGCGGCAGAUAGUAGAGAUGUUUAAUAUCUUCAUCUUCUUAUGGGAAAUUACGCAACAUAUGAAUCAAUUUGACCAAUACGACCAAGUGCGAUAAUAGUCGAGGUCCAGCAACUUGGGGUCAGAUUGCCCUCUUGCAUUCUCAUCUACCAACAACCGAGGGCGGGGUAAGCACCCACCCAAACUAAAGCUGCCGCCCUCCCUUAAGCGACGUGUUCAGCAAUGGUGCCUAAGGGCGCUCCCUAUCUAUCCCCGCUCGUGGAAUGCAAGCAAUAUCAUGACUCAACUGUCGUUUCUGGGGAUGCAGCAUUCUCAUUAAUGCCGAAAUCCUCAGAUUAUAGUUCACAGCCACACCCCACCCUCCGCACAAUCACGAGGACCCUUCGCGGAUACUCGCUAAUGUCGGUAACAGCCGAUACAGAUAUAUUCGAGAUGCCGGCGCUAGAGAAAUUUUGCGCGCAAUUGUGGCUGCCACAUCAUGUCGCAACACACAGUAGUGGAAACAGGAGUUUGUUGGCCACUCCCAGGACGUUAAGGAUGUUCUCAUUUGUGGGGUUGCUCCCGUUUGAAAGGCUUGGGCUGAGUACCAAUAGAUCCAGAUCCAUAUCUGAGUGAUAACCGAUAACCAUAAGAUGGAGUCUAGGUCGUUAACAUGUCAACUCCCUGGCGAAGGUCUGAGGUUGUUCAAGACGGAAAAGACAUUCAUAUUCGGAGGUUUCUGAUCCAGGAAAAACUCAUUGCCUAGCUGCAUGAGCGUCAGUGGCUGCAUUCUAUAAGUACAAGGGUCGGACCAACUACACUGCAUAUCCACGUGGACCACAUAUAAGUGGCCCAUCUCUAUUACAUCCACUUGUCGGCGCUCAGAUUACGUAAUAAUCCACUACACUUUGACCUGAAAGUGGAUGUAAUGGAGUGGAUUUAGGUGGAUUUAGAUACAGUGAGAUAUUCCCUGACCGUGUACAGUUCACAGUACGUAUUUUUGUAUAUAGUUGCC